AUGCAUAUCCUUCUCCGUCCCCCUACUCGUACCCCGUGCUCACGCCCCUCCACUUCGCCGCCUCUUCAACUCGUCUCCCUGAUGAACUUUACCGGCCGCCCAGCCACCCAGCCGCUCAGCCACUCAGCCGCCCAACCACUCUUUGCCGUCAGUCCGCUUGUCUUGCUCACCUCGACUCAACUUUUCCCCUCUUUUUGCCUCACUUGCCCACCUCGUCUUGUCCACGUUCUAUUCUCACUUUCACUUAGUCGUCCUCUGCCAGUUCCAGACUGA